AUGAUUUACCACAGUGAAACUGAUGGUCCUCACACGCCUGCUGCGAGCAAAUCCGCGGGCUCCGCUGUGUGGCACUGUCGCCUUUCCACCGUUAUGGCACUGUUACUGUUCUCAAAUGUUCUUCCAGCGCACUCAGAGGGAAACAUAAAGGUGAAGGUUUACUCUUUUCUCUCCCUACAAAGGUUGCCUCUGAGGCUAACUGAAGCAAUAAAUGCCGGCCUCAAUGCGUCAUUUGCCGCUCGCCAGUGGACUGUGGCACCCAAUGUAACGGUGCAGGUUGUGCCGCCUCCCCCUAACAACGUUUCAUUUAUGGAAACACUGCAUGAUACCAUAAACCAAAAUAAAGGUAAGUUUAUUAUAAUUAUCGGGCCAAUGGGCGAUGUUGAAACAUUACACGCACUUCCAUUGCUGGAGCGGGAAGAUCUGGUUGCCUUCGCUCCUAUAACCGGUUCCGACUCUGUACGUGGAUGGAAUCCCAACAUAUAUUUUAUCCGCGCUUCACCCACUGCCGAGCUUAUUGCAUUGGUCCGGUAUGCUGUCAGCCAACUGCGCCUGCUUCGGAUUGGAUUUAUGUAUCUUCAGGACAUUUCGUUUGGUGACAGAGAGCAUGAACAUGCAGUAGAGCUGUUCUCUCAUAUGGGUCGUGAGCUGUGCGGUGUGUUUACUGUAAAAAGCUCAAUGGAAGCUUUUGCUGACGACAGAGCCUUCGAAGCGGCGUGGGAAGCGUUUGCGAAGACGCGGCCUCAGGGCGUAAUUUUAUUUGCACCACCAGCAGCAAGAGACACUGUUAAAUUUAUUACCAAGAUGGUAGCUGACAAACGUACACGCGACGCUUACGUACUGGCUCCCUCGGCACUAGAGUUCGUAGUUGAAGUGACGUGGCGCUUUGCACUAGCGGCGGCUGGUAAACAAUUGAAGCCGGGACAGGUAAUAUUGACUGGAACAAAUCCACUAGCAGCAGACAUACGAUACCAAGCAAUCAGGCGCUUUCAGGAUCACAUGAGGUCGUACCUGAGCGCUAAUCCUGGAGUGACUGUUUUCAAUGGCACGGAUAACUUCCACCACGACGACGUGGAUGGGGAGCUUAUGGUGUAUGGGUGGAUUGCGGGAGAAGUGCUGUCCCAGGCGCUAAGUAGUCGGGAGUGGCUAACAAGCAGGAAGGCAUUCAUGGAGUCACUGUAUAACCAGCGCCGUUAUGUUAUUGACGACCUUGUGAUUGGUGAUUUUGGUGGAGACUGCAAAGGUGGGGCCGGUGAGCGAGGAGCAGCAUGCAACUGUAAUCAGGGAGGAAGUGUGGUAUACGUAAAGCAGUUUGCAGAAAAUUACAAACUUCUACCAGCAAAGAACCCGGUGAAAGUAAUACAACAUGGAAUGUGCGAUGCCGAUGGCAUCAUCCUUUAUGCACCACUUAACGGAUUAUUUAUCCUCAGCAAUGAAUCUCAUCGAAAAAAAAAAAUCAAUCGCGAAAUUCAUAAAUCAGCAUCAGCUACCAAUCGCAACGCCGAUAUGACACAAUUUCACCGACUUUUCUUUCAUUCAAUGGCAUCAUCCUCAGCGGAAAGUGCCAGAACAUUGCAGCAUCAGCUUGACACAAGGAGUGUGACGGCUGUGUUUGGUGUCGUUGAUGAUGCGAUGCUGUCCAUUGCCGAAGUUGCCUUCGUUGACCCCGUAAUGCUUACACCACGCCUGCAUCAUCGUGGCAAAAACGUGAUUCAACUUUCACCCACACUCGAGCAGCAGUUGUUUGUUGUUGUGGGUUACGUGACAAACACAAGUGCCAGCGCCCCUAUGUCUGCCAUCGUACGUGGAGCUGAUGCCACCAUCAUUGAGGUCGCACUGCGGAAGAUUGUUUGGAUGCACGGCGGAACACUGCAAACGGUAGCUGUGCUGGAUGACAAUGCCACCCUUGUUGGGCGCCUGCCAAACCGUGGGAAUGCGUUUGUUAUUGGUCUUGCCCCCGGUGACCCUUCCUUGCUCGCAGCGCACCUGGAUCGCAACCCAGAUGUGCGUGUGCUCAUCCCAUUCUUCGACGUUGCCCUGAUGUAUGAUGAGCUGGUCAGCGCAUUCAAUGGUAACCCGAACGCUGAGCGUGUGCAGUUCGCGACAAGUUUACCUCACUGGGCAGACGCCAAUACGUCAUCAGAGAUCGUAAGAGAAUUUCAUACCGCAUUGCCAGACUCAUCAGCAUGGAAGCCGCUGCCGUUGCUGGGGUACGCUGCUGCACGGUUUGCUCAAGCCGUCCUCCCACGCAUGGAGUAUGUGACACCCAAAACGCUGCUUGACACCAUCUACAUGCAAUCUAUCAUUACCGCGGAUGAAAUGCGGUACGGUCCUUUUGAAGAGGAAGAGGAGAAGGAGUGCUUCACAGCCAAUGACCCAGUCCCUGAACAAGGAGAGGUGUGUGUCGUGAACUAUGGCGCAACGCGUAUUUCCAUGUGGUCACUGGCACGUGCAUUAAAUGCCUCCGUACCGCCAUUAACCUCGCCCGUCACGCCAUUGAUACGCUACGCUGAUCCUAACGCCAUUAAGUUGUCGUCCGCACAACUUGCCGGAGUUAUUGUUGGUUCCCUCGUCGCCUUGGCUUUGUUUGCUGCGCCUCUGGUGGUGGUGCUCUAUGUUCUGCGCCGUGGUGCGCGUGACAAUGACAGUGCUCCCAAGGAGCCGGUGGAGCCCGUAACGCUAAUCUUUACUGACAUAGAGAGCAGCACAGCGCAGUGGGCAGCACACCCUGAGCUGAUGCCUGAUGCCGUGUCAACACACCACCGUCUUAUCCGCUCACUCAUCGUACAGUACGGAUGCUAUGAGGUAAAGACUGUCGGGGACUCGUUUAUGAUUGCUUGUAAAAAACCUUUUGCUGCUGCACAGCUUGCGUCCGACUUACAGCGGUGCUUCCUGCGCCAUGAGUGGGGCACCACAGCAUUCGACGAUUCGUAUCGUGAGUUUGAGAGGCAGCGUGCAGAUGACGAUAACGAAUACAAGGCACCGUCCGCACGGUUGGAUCCUGAGGUUUAUCGCCAACUGUGGAAUGGGUUGCGCGUGCGUGUCGGGGUCCACACUGGUCUUUGCGAUAUCCGUCAUGACGAAGUGACAAAAGGCUACGAUUACUACGGGCGAACAUCAAACAUGGCAGCGCGAACAGAAAGUGUGGCUAAUGGUGGUCAGGUGCUGCUGACGCGCGCGGCAUAUCUUUCGCUAAGCAAUUCAGAGCGUGGGCAACUUGACGUGACAGCUCUUGGAUCCAUGUCGUUGCGUGGCGUCCCUGAGCCUGUUGAAAUGUACCAACUAAACGCUGUAGUCGGACGGUCCUUCGCAGCACUGAGGUUGGACCACGAAGCUGGCGAGGACGGGGAUCUGUCAAGCACUUCCUUCAGCGAUACGGGAUCCUUACGUGGAUCAAUCAACGCGUCGGCACAGAAAUUCUCGAUAUCGAUUAAAGCAGUUUUUGGUGCGUUCGCUCCUGCACACCAACAGCAGCUAUUGAUGCCUUUAUGCGAGCGCUGGCAGGUGAGCCUCCCGCCGUCAUCGAAAGCCACGUGGAAUGAGGAAUAUUGCGAAGGAGUUAUACGGCGUAUUGCAGUGAAAGUGGGUCGAGUUGCGGAUCACUGUGCAGCAAGUGGCAGUGAGCACUCUGUCAGCACACUCGGGAGUGCGUCACUCAUUAUAAUUUCUAAUCAUGGAUUGGAGCGUGAACUUCACGGGAAUUAA